AGAAAAAUAAACAACCUGCUGGCACGUAUAUUCCUGAGGAAACUGUAACCGUGUAGCGGUACAGUUAUUGACGGUGCAGACCUAACAGACCGUAAAUAUUUAGCCAGUGACGGUUUAUAGAUGAAUGGAACUGAAAUUCCACAAGCGAAUUAUUCAAUAAUCUAUCUUCAGAAUGCUACACUGAAAAGCGGAAAUAAAUCUGGAAGGUUCGCGGGCAGAAUCGAAACGCUUUGUCUGGCAUGUGCGUGCACACGGCGUGACAAUUCUGGAGAGUAGCCAAAAUCUGACCCCUUUGGCCUUUUAAAAUGUCGCCAAUAACAUCAGAGUUUUCUGUUGUCAACUACAUUUCUAUGGCUGGAGUAUAAGGCUACUGACUACCUGGACGCUGCAGUCAUCACGAAAGACUGACCGGGGAUUCCCACUUGGUCUCGCGGCUCUCCGCGUUUCGGUUCGCCAGCCAUUCGCCUGUGUCCGCAUAAAUCCAUAUACGUCUUCAUAUAAAGCGCCCGUCAUUUUAGUCCAACAUUAACCAAAACUGGAAUGUGUCGACAGACGUGAACAAACCUCCGCAACGUACAAUUUAAUGAAAAUCCGUUCAGCGGUUCUCAAGUUGUUACACGUGGACCAACAACAGACAACGUGACAAAGAAGCCCGUCAUUGCACCUUGUCCUCAGCAUGUUCAGUCCAGGUCGCGCCUCGACACCCUCUUCAGUUUAUAAUUUCAUCCUGCAUACUAUCUAUCCAUUUAUUUAUUUUUCCAUCUAUCAAUCCAUCCUCCUUUCUACCUAACAAGCCACCCACCCUUAAUCCACCAGAUGUUCAUCCUUGUAUCUAUCCAUCCUUCCGAUCUACUCAGACAUCUAUACUUCUUUCAGUUCUUCUAUUGACGCACUACAUUCAUCUCUCUAUCACUUCACCCAACCUGUUUUUCCUUCUAUGUAAUAUGUCGUAUAUUUGACGACGCUGUCAGUCUACACAGCGUUGAACUGAAGAAUGAAUAAUGAAUUUCAAGGAUCUGGAAGAAAGCGGUCGCGGCAUAAUUUGCUAUUCCAACAAAUACCUGGACAGACUGAGGAAAAAUUAUAGCCGGUCUCCUGACCAAGAUUUAAAGCCGGAACCUCCGAAAUACAAAGCCGGCCGCUACGUUUUCUCCAGUUUUGUUUUGUUUCUUCUCGUCACCCCUCUCCAUGUCCCUCAGGCCCUGCUCGAGGCUGCUGCAAUCCCACCCCAUCCUCACAUCCGCAGGCUGCAUAUGACAAAUCCCAGAGAAAACACUGGAAGUUGAACAAAUGUCCUUUUGGGCCGUCACAUGCACUCUCAAGCGUCAAGAAUCGCGUGCGACUCCUACAAGAGAGCGGGGAAUAUAAGACAUGCCACUCCUCCACUCUUAUCCCUGCCCCGUAAGUAGUGAUUGGAGGCAGACCCGAUUAACCAACCAUAAGGGGGUGGGGGAUAUAUGAGAGCAGUACAUCUUAACACUCCAAGUGGUUGUCCUUCUAAAGCCUAAAACCUAGGUUAUAAUGCUUGUCUCCCUCCGCUCUCUUUACAUGAAAAAGAAGGCGUGUGUUUACUGUGGUAUAAGAUCUAACACGACUGAUUCCAUUUGCUAACCGAGAGGCCGCAUAGCAGUGCCGCUGGAGCCUAUCAGCUGUGCAGUGGCUAGUGUCAAGCAGUGUCUGUCUUGAUUCGGUGAUACGACGCUCGACAGCCACUUUGCCCAGCGUCUGUUAACGCAAGGUUAAACUGACUUGGCUUCUCGUAAAUCACUGUUUUCUUGGAUGCUACGCCGUGCACUCUGGUAGACGUUUAUCGACAUGUCAGAGGGACUUACUGCCUCCAUCAUCACUCAUCGCUCUGAAGAUGGAUGCGAUACGUUCCUCUGAAACGUCGGUGAUCAUCUACAAGAUCACAUGGCGACACAACACGGAAGAUCACGAGCGAUACCAUUCAUUAUCACCUUCUAAUCUCACUCCACACUGUUAAAUAUACAGAGCUAUUCAAUUAACAGGAGUCUAUUUUGAGUGGGCUAUCCUAGUAAUGAUCGGAGAUUAGUCAGGCUAUCGCCUAUAGUUUCGGGCAUCCUUUACUUCAGUAUAAUGAGACUUGUUUCAUAGGCGUAUAUUAUAUAGAUGUAUAUUACACAGUAUAUAACAUCUAAUGAUCAACGCCUUCACCUUGUAAUCAGUUCUCGCAUUCUUAAUCUCCAUCGUAGAUGGUAAUCUAUCAGCUUCUCGUGACAGUCUUUUUUACCCACUGGAUGAGGGGCUGAGAGGGCAAUAGACCCGGCCUAGACAUCAUAAUAUGGAUAGGGGAAACAAAAAACAGAUAAAUAAUUUAUGUGAGUCAGAUCUUUGAAACUGACCACCUGCAGGCCAGAGUCAAAAAUGGGAGGAUGGAUAUAAAGGAAAUAGUUUGUGGUAUUUUAAAUUAUAUUUAACUUACUCCUACGUUAAGGUUAAAUUCGCCAUUCUAAACAAAACUGUCUUUACUCCGGGACCAUUACAAAUAAUAAUGUUAUGUAUAAUUAGAUGAUUAGUACACCAAAUAUUAUGAGUAUCAUUAAAAUUAUGUGCGGAAUGUAUACAAGAGAGAUGUCGCCCCUGACAUAUGACCGAGUGUAUUAAAUAUGCUGCUUAGUCAGGGGCAUCUCACAAAUUAAGGGCAGUGAUAAAUGAGUACGGAGCAAUGCUGGAAUGAUGAUUAUCGGUGGAAAUUGAAGAAUUCGGAUAAAACCUCUUUCUCUAAUGAAGUCACCCGGGAUUCAACCCGGAUCUCCGCGGUGAGAAUCCGGCAUCUAGCCGCCUGAACUACGGUAUGGCCAUUACACUACACCCAUUACAUACGUCGUGAAGGAGAAAUACCGAAGAUACGCACGUGUAACCCUUCAUGUCUGGUGAAGCAAUGAUAUGACACAGAACUGGGAGAGAGAGCCUUUCAGCAAAAUGCAGAGCUCCACAUGACUAUUUCACUAUCGCGGUCGAAAGGGGACUGAGUGCCGUAAAUGUUUUGGGAAGCAACAAAUUGUUUGUGAACGGCGUGGCAAUGUAAGACAACCCGAUCGCUCGUCUAUCGUCAUCAUGAUCGUGAAGCAAGUGUGGAAGGUCUGGCAGUGGGGGAUUGGCAGAACGGUGGCGGCCACAAUCGCUGCACACGGGAACUCGGUGUCGGUUGGAAUGUGCCAAGGUUACUCGGCGGUCCUUCUACCCCAACUCCAGCAGGGCGGAAGCCAGCUGGUGGUUACAGAUGAACAAGCGUCAUGGAUUGCCAGUCUUGGAGUGAUUUCAAAUCCCAUUGGCGCUCUUUUGGCUGGAAUCCUGAUGGAAAUAUUCGGCAGGAAGACAACAGUGAAGCUAACAUCUCUGCCUUACAUCAUCGGAUGGGUGCUGAUCUCCCUAUCAGACAACAUUUUCAAGCUUUACGCUGGCAGAUUCAUUUCUGGAGUUGCAGUCGGAAUGGCUACAGCCAGCUAUGUCUACGUAGCCGAAAUCUCUCAAGCGAAGCAUCGGGGAACUUUGUCCGCUAGUGGACCUAUCCACGUGUCUUUCGGUGUCCUGACCGUCUAUAUUCUCGGUUUUAUAGCACCGUGGCAACGGGUGGCAGCCCUGUGCACACUCUGCGCACUACUAAGUUUCAUCUUCAUGUGCGCAGUGCCAGAAAGUCCACCUUGGUUGGCUUCUCGCGGAAGAGACACGGAAGCACUUUCAGCCCUAGUGUGGCUCAGAAGAAAUCCAGCCGCGGCUGAAGCAGAACUAUCUGAGCUGAUGGAAACCAUCUCCAAAGAGAAUAAUAACAGCCAUACAAGUCCUAUGUCACGUAACAGAAGAAACAUGUUGGCAGUCAAGAAUGUCUUAACGCCAUUUUUCAGGCCUACAGCUUGGAAACCGUUUAUAAUCUUGUUACUUUUCUUCGCGUUUCAAGAAGGAUCUGGCAUCUACAUCAUCCUUUAUUACGCUGUUAAUCUUUUCCAAGAAGUGGGCACAGGACUAAACGAAUAUGUUGCCUCGAUAGUUGUUGGAGGUGUACGAUUAGUGAUGAGUGUAGUUGCAGCCAUUCUGAUGAACAGUUUCGGCCGAAAGACGCUAGCAGUUGUGUCCGGAUUAGGUAUGGCCGUAUCUAUGGUGGCUGGUGGCAGUUAUGAAUACUUCUACUCCAAUUUGCCACCAACUAAUCGGCCAUUAGCGUGGGUUCCUCUAAUCUGCGUCCUAGGUCAUGUGUGUGUCAGCAUGAUGGGGUUCCUUCAGCUGCCAUGGAUGAUGAAUGGAGAGCUGUUUCCUCUUGCAAUCAGAGGAGUAAUGGGUGGAAUAGUUGCAUCAUUAGCCCAUCUGUUUAUUUUUGCUUCUGUAAAGACGUAUCCAGAUCUGAUGCAUGCUCUAGGUACUGAUGGUACUCUGUGGUUCUUCGGAGCCGCUGCUCUCAUGGGGGCUGUGUAUUGUUACAUCUUCCUUCCAGAAACGAAAGGGAAAACGUUACGAGAAAUAGAACUCGAAUUCAGUCCAAAAGAAGGGCGGGAUUAUGAAAAGAAUACUAUGACAAAAUAUACAUUGAAGAGGGACUUUCACGGACAUAAUAAAAAUUCGUUCAUUAAUGUUGAAAAUGGGGAAACUAUGAGGACUCCUGAGGAUUGCCUUUCUGGUGAGGUGCCACAAAUUUUUACAGUGGAGGCACAGAACACGAAGUUAAAGCGCUUGGUAGCCUAAAUGAUAAUGCUGCUUAAGACGUGUGUAUUGCUUGGUUAAAUGAAGUGACUGCUUAAACUGGAAACAGUGACAAGAAAACGAUAAUAAAGUAUCCGGAACAUUUCAAUGAAACGUUCGAAUGUAAUAAUUAGCUCAAGUGUGGUCACAGGAUUAUUAUACACUACGCCACAAAGUUUUAUCCUUUACACACAAUGUACUUUUAUGGCGGACGUCGAAAUCGACGGUGCGUUAUAAACAAAUGGAUGAAGCAGAAAUACAAAAGGUGAAAUGACCGUCUUCAUGCUGCAUUCAUCUGGUGGAAACAACGGACGGUUCACUGCAGUCCGACGGCAUCUGACCGCUGAAUUAAACAAACCGUUCCCUAUAAACUAAUACAACCAAACAGACGUUUCCACACAAGAGACGUGCGUUUCCUUAGAGACGUUCCCUAAAUCCGAAAACUUACAGAACGAGAAAGAACGCCUGUGGUGCCACACUUAGCAGUCGACUUGACCAGUGUACAUGGGUAAGAUGACCGAAGUUCAAGUCGAUGCUUAACGUCUCAUAAGUUUAGUAAGGAAUAUCUCCCCCAUCGAAGAAUAAUGUACAGCAUCAUUAAAUUCUACACUAAAUAAAUUGCAACAUACAGUGAAAAUUCGUAUUAACCUUAUCUGUAGAAUUUCUCCUUAGAAUUAUACGAUAGUUGGCAACCAUGAUGGCGUUGUUCCAGGAGCGAUGUAAGGUAGAAUUCGCAGAAAAGUAACCAGCGACAAGCAAUAGGCGAUACGCGAAAGGCUAUACAAAUAGCACAUUACCUAUGCAUUCGCCAAACAACAGAAUUGCUACUUUCUGGACAAGUCGGUAAAGGAAGUGAUCAUUGUAUACCGGUAUCGCCUGUUGCUAGUUGCUUCCCAAAAGCAAAGCUAAACACCUUCUGGUGAAAGCUAAGAAGAAUUAUCAAUUCAUGUUUGUGAUAUGCAGAAAUGAAAAAUAGACUACUAUAAACCAGUUACCAUAACUGAAUCCGAAACAGCAUUUUUUCUCAUCAGUUAAAUAUUUCCGAAGAAAAAACAAACCAAUUAUAUAAUUGUCGACGCUACGGACGAGAUACAUCCUAUUAUAACUCAUUCACUUUCGUUCUAAAUAGACCUCUAAAAUUUGUCACGUUAAUAAAUGCCUCCCACAAUUUAUUUACAGUUCCUUUUAACUAUAUCUGGGUCUUCUUCGAAUGGAAAAUACAUAAAUUAUCACUUUUAAUGUACGACUUUCCUUUCACGGGAAUUAUAAAUGAUCAUGGAAAUAAACAGUAUUUUAGGAUCCUA